CAUUUAUCUAUAUCUAUUAGUGUAUGACUUAUUUUUAUUGCUUAUAUUUAAUCAAAAAUUACCUUCAAUUAUUAAAUACUGCAAGUUUUAGUAUUAAAACUAUUUUGCUAUGAGGAAAACAAGCUCUCUCAUAAUAAAAUUUAUAUAUUUUAUUUGACUACUACACCAUGGAAGAAUAAAAGAAGAAUAGGACGUCAUUAUAUGAGACUGCUAAUAAUUUUAGGUUCUGAAAAGUAUUUACGGGAGCUGGUUAACGAAUCGCUUUUUAAUCAUUAUGUUUUAUAGCAUUUACAAUGAAAAACUAACUACAACAACUAAGGGUGUUCGUGUAAUUGAUAAGAAUUUUAUGUCUAUCGAGAUCUUUGUGCAUAUUUUGUCCAAUGGGCCAUUGUCUAAGCUGUUUCAAGAAUCAAGCUAAUGCUGAAGAUACGACAUCUCAAAGGAAAAAAGAUGAGAUGACAGAAAUUGUCACUACAAACCAAGUGCCUGCUGUCAUGGUGUCAGAUUAUCUUCAAGAAGAACCACUUCUUCAAGAUAAUGAAAAUAGUGUAACUUGCUAUAGAAAUAAUACCAGUUUACAAAAUACUAGUACAGCAACUUCUUUUGGAGAGCCCUGUGCUAUGGAAGUAAUUAGUUUGCAUAAAACACAGAUAACUUGUGAAAAAACUCCUAAAUUAUUUUAUCAAAAAUUACCAUCAAUGCCACGUACAAUGCCUUCACUGGGUUCCAGUGAUCCAAGAAUAUCUGAGACAAAAAUAAAUCAAUUAUUUGACCAAUACAAAGAUUCACUAGAAGAUACAAUUUUAGCAGAAGGUAUAGAGAAUCUAUGUAAUGAUUUGCAAUUGAAUCCUGAUGAUUUUAAGGUUUUAGUACUUGCUUGGAAGUUAAAUGCUAGUCAAAUGUGUCGAUUUACUAAGUCUGAAUUUGUACAAGGGCUGAAGGAUAUGAAAACUGAUUCUAUCAAAGGAAUACAACAAAAAUUGAAUGAAAUAACUAGUGAAUUGAAAACAGAUUCUGAGCAUUUCAAAGAUUUAUACAGGUUCACAUUUAAAUUUGGACUUGAUGUUAGUACAGGCCAACGCAUACUACCAACAGACAUUGCCAUUGUCCUAUGGCGUCUAGUAUUUACCAAUAAUGAACCUCCUAUACUAGAUAGAUGGUUGAGGUAUCUAGAGAAAAACAAUCACAUUAGAGGUAUUCCAAAAGAUACAUGGUAUAUGUUUUUGAACUUUUGUGAGUUUGUAGGUAAUGAUCUCAGUACCUAUGAUGAUACAGAGGCUUGGCCUAGCCUUUUUGAUGAUUUUGUGGAAUAUGAAAAUGAUCAAAUGAAUCAGAAUGUAACAAAAAACGAUAUAAAGAUGCAAGAUUAAUAUUCUAUGUAUGCCAAAUUUUACUAUUUAGGUACUUAAAUAAGAUAUUGAGACUGAUAAUCCAUUAAAAAUACGUCAUAAUAUGGUUACUCUAGUAGCAUGAUGUGGCCCUAAGAGUAAGAUAAUGGAUGUUUUAAUAUUGAAACGAGCAGGAAGAAUGUGGAUGUAGUGUAUGUAGGUGUACUAAUGAGAUUCAAAAUAAUUUUAAUGUACAUAACAUUAUCUAUAUGUGGUAUAAAUUAAUUGCAGAAGUAUUGUACUUUUGUGUUUAGUUUUAGUUUUAACAAUAAACAUUCCAGGAAUGGAAUUAGCCAAAAUCUGUAUAUAAUAAUUCUAAAUACCUGUGCAAAAAUUGCUUGAAAUAUUAAAUUAUAAUCUAAUGGUCUACUAUCUAUACCAUGUAUUUUUCAGUUAUUUUCUUGCCACCAUCAUUUAGAUAUUGUAUCAACUGAAAAUUGUUUAAACAGAAAAAUAUACAUUCAAUUUGGUUCGGAUGAAUCCUUUAAUUUACUACGGUACAUUAAAAUCGAAAUCAUACAUAAAGAGUUAUGAUUUAUAAUGCAAAAUGGAUGUUAUUAAAAAUUAAGUUACACUUAAUAUUAUGUGGAUUGAUUUU